UUUCCUUUUCCCCUCCUUUUCAUCCAAACAGAGCCUUACCUGGACCCACUAAAACUUCUGGUCAAAAUCUCACACAACAACUACCGGAAAAACCUCCUCCACCGAUCCAAAGCCCCUACAAUUAACACCGUGUUUGGCUGUUUGUUUGUUUGUAUUUUUUCAAAAAUCUCAUCAACUUGAUGGAGUCAAGUUCGGAGUUGGUGAGAUCGAUUGAAUCGGUAUUAGGAGUAUCAUUAGGAUCGAACAGCGAUACGGUAUUAGUGAUACUUACGACGUCGUUUGCGGUAAUUGUAGGGUUAAUUGUAUUGUUUUUAAAGAGAUCAAGUGACCGUAGUAAAGAAGUGAAACCUGUUGUGUUUCCUAAAUCAUUACACGUGGAGACUGAAGAGGAAACUGAAUUAGAACCUGGUAAAGUUAAGGUUACUGUGUUUUUUGGUACUCAAACUGGUACUGCUGAAGGUUUUGCUAAGGCUUUAUCAGAGGAGAUAAAAGCAAGAUAUGAGAAGGCAGUUGUGAAAGUUGUGGACAUGGAUGAUUAUGCUGCCGAUGAUGAUCUUUAUGAGGAGAAACUGAAGAAAGAAACGGUUGCAUUUUUCAUGGUGGCAACCUACGGGGAUGGCGAGCCAACUGAUAAUGCUGCAAGGUUUUACAAGUGGUUCACUGAGGGACAAGAACGGGGUGCGUGGCUGCAGCACCUUACCUAUGGCGUUUUUGGCCUGGGUAAUCGCCAAUAUGAACACUUUAACAAGAUUGGGAAGGUGAUAGAUGAACAAUUUAGUGAACAAGGUGCAAAACGUCUUGUGCCUGUUGGCCUUGGUGAUGAUGAUCAGUGCAUUGAAGAUGAUUUUGCUGCCUGGCGAGAACAACUAUGGCCAGAAUUGGAUCAAAUACUUAAAGACGAGGAUGAUGCAAAUUCUGCAGCCACUCCAUAUACAGCUGCAAUUCCUGAAUAUCGUUUGGUUAUCCAUGAUACCACGACGAGUCUUGAGGAUAAGCAUGCAAGCAUGGCUAAUGGAAAUACGACAUAUGACAUCCACCAUCCAUGCAAAGUAAAUGUUGCUGUUCAAAGAGAGCUUCACAAACCUGAGUCUGAUCGCUCAUGUAUACACUUGGAGUUUGAUAUAUCUGGCACUGGGAUUUCCUAUGAAACAGGAGAUCAUGUGGGUGUUUAUGCUGAAAAUUCUGAAGAAACUGUUGAGGAAGCUGCGAGAUUGCUGGGGCAGUCAUUAGAUUUAGUAUUCUCUAUUCAUACUGACAAGGAGGAUGGUACAGCUAUUGGAGGCUCGUUACCCCCACCUUUUCCUGGUCCUUGCACUCUGCGUGCUGCACUUGCUCGUUACGCAGAUCUUUUGAAUCCUCCGCGGAAGGCUACUUUGGUUGCAUUGGCUGCCCAUGCAGCUGAACCUAGUGAGGCAGAAAAGCUCAAGUUCUUGGCAUCUCCACAGGGAAAGGAUGAGUAUUCUCAAUGGAUUGUUGCAAGUCAAAGAAGUCUUAUUGAAGUGAUGGCUGAGUUCCCUUCGGCGAAGCCUCCCCUUGGUGUAUUUUUUGCAGCAGUUUCCCCUCAUUUACAGCCUCGAUACUAUUCAAUCUCGUCAUCUCCUCGAUUUGCACCUGCUAGAGUCCAUGUAACCUGUGCACUAGUCUAUGGUCCAACUCCAACUGGCCGAAUUCAUAAAGGAGUGUGUUCAACUUGGAUGAAGAAUGCAGUUCCUUUGGAGAAAAGUCACAACUCCAGCUCUGCUCCCAUUUUCAUUAGGCCAUCUAAUUUCAAAUUACCGGCUGAUCCUUCAACUCCAAUUGUCAUGGUGGGUCCUGGUACUGGUUUGGCACCAUUUAGGGGAUUCCUGCAGGAAAGAGCAGCAUUGAAGGAAGAUGGGGCUCAACUUGGUCCUGCUUUGUUGUUUUUCGGUUGUAGGAAUCGUAGAAUGGAUUUUAUUUACGAGGAGGAGCUUCAGAGUUUUGUGGAUCAGGGUGUAAUAUCAGAGCUGAUUAUUGCAUUUUCAAGGGAAGGGCCGCAGAAAGAGUAUGUUCAACAUAAAAUGAUGGAAAAGGCCUCCCAGGUCUGGAAUUUAAUCUCCCAGGAGGGAUAUCUAUAUGUAUGUGGGGAUGCAAAAGGGAUGGCCAGAGACGUACAUCGCACGCUCCACACCAUAGUCCAGGAGCAGGAGGAGGCCGACUCAACCAAAGCAGAGGCUAUUGUGAAGAAACUCCAAAUGGAUGGUAGAUAUCUCAGGGAUGUUUGGUGAUCGUUAAGGCCUCGGUCCAUUUGUUUUACUUGUAGCGAGCUUGGCAAGGUCCUCUCAGUUGCUUCGAGUUCCAGCCGUAAAGAUUACAGUCUGUCUGGAUUUACUGCAACAUCUAAGUUUUGUCCAUUAUGUUCUUUAUUGCUCUUUCAUUGGAGCAGAUACAUAUUACCUUUAAAAUUCUGAUUAAUUUUUUAUAAGAGAUUCAGUAUUGAUACAAAAACUUUUAUAUGUAGUUGGUUAAAACAAAUCCCAAAUUAUGUUGUAAUCUGUACGAAAGGCUUCUGUAAGAAUAGCUGUACAAAUGAAGGGCGGGUAGAAUAAGUGUGUUGGUACA